AGAAGAUGGCGUAGAAGUCAAAGAAAAUUCAUUUAGUUUGAGGAAAAAUUUGAAAGCCUAAGGAAAAUUUAACUGGGUUUCCAAAAAACAUAGCUGAACUGUGAACAGAGAUGUAUCCGGGUAGAAAUGGCAACGCGGACUUGGGAUACAACAAGCAUGCCCACGUACAUGGCCAACAUGGCCAUGGGCACAACCAUAAUCACAAUCAGUUCCUGGUGCAACCCCCACCGCCACCCACUCAUUUUUCUCUGCCUCCGGGAGGUGGUCAGGGCAUGAUGACGCCCCUUGUAGGCGGCGGUCUUCCGCUUGCCAUGCAGGGUGGUGCCGGCAUCGAUUGGGCACAACUGGCCCAGCAAUGGAUUCACAUGCGGGACGCUACGCCGGUCACCAUGUCCGUGGCGCCGCCACCACCUAUAAUCGGAAAUGUGCCGGACUACCACCAUCAAACGAUAACGAUCCCGGUGCCAAGUGCUGUCCGGACGGGAUUUCCACUUCUUGAGGAGCACGGUGAGGCAGAUAUGGACAUGGACGACGAGAAUGAGCGUGUCCAAAAUGCAGAUACGCCUCCACCGCCUGCUCCAGUAGUUACGCAAUCGCAAUGGCUUGCAGCUAAUGAGGCGCCUGGUGCUACCGUGGACGCCUCCACUGGUUCGGCUGUCACACUGGGUAAGCAGCAAUGGAACAACUGGCAAACGCAGUCCGGCAAAACCACAGGCAAUCCCACGGCGCAUAUACCUUCGUUGCUCAAGCUAAACGUCAGCAAUCCCAAUGAGCCGCAGCGACAGCUGCAGUUGCAGUUGCAGGCACAGCAGCAGCAACCGCAACACCCAACGCAUCCGCACCAUCCACAAACACAUCAGCAACAUCCCCAUCAACAUCACCUAACACCACAUACACAUCAGCCACAGCAACAUCAGCAGCAGCAGGAAAGCGGAAGUGGCAGUGCCAGCACCGAUAUCGAUGCCAACAAACGCAAAAUGUUGCCAGCUUGGAUAAGAGAGGGUCUGGAGAAAAUGGAGCGCGAAAAACAGCGGCAGCUAGAGCGCCAACAGCCUGAUGAAGAGGUCAACCAUGUUAAGCAAGUAUCAAGCAAAACACUAACACCACCUGUUAAUCUAUUGAACAUCGCGAAUGUGGCUAGCGACAGCGAAGAUUCCAUUGACCUGCCUGGAGAGGGCCGAGUGGAACUAAAGGAGCCGCAAAUAGGUAAUGAAUUAAUAAGUAAAGAUGGCGAUAACAGCAGCAGUGAAGAAGAUGAGAAUGAGGAAGAGGACCAUCGUGGACACAUAGAAACUGGGAACCGACAGACGGAACAACAGAGAACAGCUACCAAAAACGAUGUCAAUGGUAAAACCUACGAAGAAAGACUCGCGGAUCUGAUGCUUGUGGUGCGUCGGACACUAACCGAAAUCCUGCUGGAAACCACAAACGAAGAAAUUGCAGCCAUUGCAGGCGAAACUCUGAAAGCACACCGCGCGAAAGCGUCAUCAGCCCAAGUGAUUCGCAAAAGCGCCUUGUCCUCCAUUACCGGCAACCUGGGUUUAGCAGCCUAUGGCGAUUCUUCCAGCGAAAGCGAAGAGGAUGAAGACGACGAGGAUGGCGAGCGCCAAGCGGAUGCCGAUAAAAGCGUGCACCUUAGCGCGGAGGAGUUAAAGGCUCGAAUACGGCGCAGUAAGCGAUCCUUCGAGAAAGUCAUUGACGACAUUGAGGAUCGCGUGGCCAAGCAAGAGCAGCGCGAUGAGCUAGCCCUCCAGAGGCAUCGCAAGCGGGAGCUGGAGCGCUCUGAAGCUGGCGCUGUUGAGCAUGGACAACCGCCGGUCAAUCCUGAACUGCCCGGAGAGUUACUCGGUCAGUCUACUCACGAUAAGCCUCAGCAAUUUAAUGGGAAACGGCCCAGUCGAAAGGAAAGAACCACUCGUUUUAGCGACAACAAAGACGGCAAACAGCAGUCACAGAGCUAUGUCCAACAGGUUGUGGCAGCUGCAGCUGUGGCACCAAUAAGCACUCUGAGUUCAGGGCCGCAUAAGCUUAAACCUGUUCCCAAUCCGGCCACCAAUCUUCUGCAGAUGCCGGAAUCAGUGGCAACCAUGUUAAGUGCUGCCGACAAGGCACUGCACAAAGCCAAUAAGUCGACUCACAAGUCUAAGAGCAAGCGGCGCCACUCUUCCACCUCGUCCUCUUCCAGCAGCAGCAGUGGGAGCAGUUCGAGCACUGACAGCGACGAUAGCAGUACCAGCUCAGGAGCAUCAAAGACGUCCAGCAUUCGCGGCAAGCGAGUCCGACGACAUGGGCACCGUAGCCAAGGUAGCAGUCGAAGCAAAUAUGAGCGUCGAGACAGAGAAAGAGAGCGGGAACGUGAUCGGGAUCGAGAUCGGAGUCAUCGCCAGCAUCGCAGCCACGUAAGUGGUGGCAGUAGUAGUGGAGGUCAUCGCCAGAAGCACUCUGGAGAAGAUAGAGGCGGCAGCAGCAGCAGUUACCACCGCUCCUCGCGGCAGAGCAGUAGCCGCACCCACGAUCACGGCAAUAGCAGCAGCAGUCGCAAGCGACACCGCACGAGAUCCCGCUCCAAGUCGCGCAGCACUCACCACUCCAGCUCCAAUGCAUACUCCUCCUCUUCUUCCGCGUCGCAUCCGCGCAAGCGCCACUAAGAGUACAUCUAUAGCUAAUUGUUAUAUAUAUAAUUCUAUUUUUCUUCUGUUUAAGAUGCUUUCAGUAAAGAUUUUAAUCCAGCAUAAUAAAUUCAAACUUCCAAAA